AAAUGAAGCAAAUCAAGAGAUCCCAAGUCAAAUUACCCUGGAAUCUCUGCUGAAGACUGCAAAUAGUUUUGAGGAUGACCUGAGCCUUGGGGCUGAAGCAAUCAGUGUGUACACCAGUGGUGGGCUGUCAGGGCCAGGAAGGGCCAGGGCCUGCACUGCUUCCAGUACGUGUAUGUGGAGGUUAGAUUUUUUUUCGUCCAAUCAUAUUUUAGCCUAUAUGUGCUGCUAUGUCAAUCUAAUCUGCCCAGGGCCUUCACAUUUAGUAGUGCUGGCUGAUGUGUCUUAAACUAUAUUAGCAACGGGUCUGUCUUUUUAACCAAUCAGAUUUCAAUUUCACCUCACUGGGCCAGCUAGACUUGUUUAUGCCUACAAUGGCUGACAGAGGAAGAGAAAUUGAUUUGGUUUUAGACCUUUUAAAAAAAAAUCCAUUUUCAAGAAAAGCUAGACAUCGUGAGGAAAGGUCGGCCAACCCCGACGCUAGCUAGCUUGUCUCAGCCCGGAAAAGGUUUUGUUCACCACUUCCAGACCAGUGAAUACGAGCAGUACCACUGGCUUACAGCCUCUGAGGAGCGCUGCAAAUUAUGACUAUACAUCUUUGGUGAGUAGGUUGUAUUUUAUUUAUAUAUUGAAUGUUUUUGUCAUGUUAUUAGACAAAUAUUGAUUCUGAACUGCUCCAGAUGAUGUAGGUGCACAAUUGCAGUUGUAGUGAAGAGGUUUAGUGAAAUUUAGUAAAAUGGUAUUUACCCUCUAUGCAAAAUGCCUCUCUCUCAUUGUAAUGCCACGUGUUGUUAUAUUGCGUUUUUGUAUAGUAUUAAUGGUUUUUAUAAUUGCGGCGUUAUAGUGGUGGAAUUAAGAGGGGAUUAAGUCGGGUAAGUCCCUACUGAAGACCCAGGUACCAAAUGCACGGCCUGCCACUGGUGUACACACAUGAUAAGCAAAAAUCCACGAAUAAAGUCUGAGCAGAAACGCAUUACUUUGUAAUACAGUUUUAAAUGUCAUUCUGUUACAGCUACAGGACUAGAUGGUGGAUUGCAUGUUGAAGAGCUGGGAUACUGUCCAUUGCUCUUGCCUCCUCCUAAAUCAAGGCGCAGAGAUAUGCGGACAAGCAGCACUCCUCAGCAGAGGCUUAAUCUGCCAUUAAAAAACAUGGGCCAGAGUAUGACAUCUAGUAUCUUCUCAUCCGCCACCACUAAGACUGCUUCCAGUGUGUCUGAGGUCCUGCAGAUGUGCGCUGAGGAUGCAGAGGAAACUCUCUAUCAGUUAGGAUUUGGUUGUGAGGAGCCACAAGUAACAGCCCGCAUCCCAUCUCGCUUCUUCACCUUCCCUUCGCAGCUCAGAGGCAUCAACUUUCGCUUGUUUCUUGAGUCACAGCUCAGGCGCAUUCGUGAAGAGGACCCCAGCCUCUCCCUCGCUAGUCGUUUUCGUCAGGUGGAGGUGUUGACUGCCAUGGCCAAUGCUUUCUAUUCACUCUACUCUCACGUAUCUCGGACACCGCUUCAGAAACUGGCACCCCCAGAAUUCAGCUUUUCGUCACCAACUGUGGAGCGGACUAUUGGUCAGCGAUUUUUUGGCAAUGUCCGCACAGAGCCACGCUCUCCUGUGGAGCGUCUCAAGGACACGGUGUCCAAGAUGUGCUUAUACACGCGUGGAUCGGACUCUACCUCACCAAACUGUUCUCCUCGCAAGAGGAACAGCCUACCAGAUGUGGUUGAAAUAAUAGUGGGGAAUGUAAGGAGUGAGGGGAGCAAUGAACAGAGUAGAGGAAUGUGGAUAAGUGGUCAAACAAGUGACAACAUAACUUAUAAUGUGAAAGAUGAAAAGGAUCUACACCAUGCUGAAGCGCCAACUGUUGAAAAAACGAGUGAUCACGAGAAAACUACUAGCGAACACAAGCAGAGGAUCCAUCGGUGGUCACAAUCAGGGCAGAGAGAAGGACCUAGAGCAAAGGGUUGCCUAUUUAAAUCAGACCAAGCAUCUCUGGAAUCUCGGCACACCCAGUAUUCACAAGACGCGUUCUUGGAUGAAGGUUCCUCCAAUUCCUUUUUGGUUUCUGACUCCUUAAAAGAUCCUGCUAGUACUAAAGAACCAGCUCCCAUUAUUACAUACGAUACAAUUUCGCCUCAGGUAGUGGAGCUGGUGCAUAAAGCACCUUAUGGGCACUCAGAAAUGCAUAGCGAAUCAGACAUUCCCUUAUCCACCUCUGGUCAUACGCACAGGCAAGCCUCAGAAAAACUGGAAAACAAGCAAAGCCUCAUGGAUACUAAAUCAUCUCUACCACAGAGCAAUGAUAUGCUUUUUAGAGAAGAACCAGAGACUUCAAUUAUAUCACAAGGUGAUCCUGUGUCCCUCCAGCCAGGCAUCACCCAAGGGUCACCUUGUCAGAUUAUGGUUACUGGAUGGGAGGAUGACCCCAUUCUCCACAGAGACUCAUCUGAAGACUAUACCCAUUUCAUGUAUCCUGGUAGCACUGCACAGACGCAUCCUUCUAAUUCAGACCAACAGAGAUACUUGAGCCCGUCAAAUACUCCGAUCAACUGCCAACUCAAGCCAGCUAAUUCCUUUGAGUUGGAGGAGGUGCAGAGCGUGGGAGAGGAGGAGAACUCAUCAGUUGAGCAAUGUAGUGCAUACACACGGUCAGUUACAGCAUCUACGCAUCAGAAACGUAAGUCUUUUUUUUUUGCACUGUUUAUAUCGUUGACCUGCAAAGGGACUUUUUUCCCCCCAAGUAAAAUUUCUUUUGCAUUUCUGAGUACUAAAUUUCUUCUUUAGAAAAAGUCAUUCUCUCACCAGAAGACAAACUGCUAAUGUGUGAACUGUUUGUGGGGGUGUGUUUGUUAAAAGUGUUGGGCAAAAAUUAACCACACUUAUUACUGGCGCACACACAGCAACACACAGUUGCUGUUAACACUGACACGCACUAACAAAAAGAGGCAUCUUACAGGAAAUCAUGAAGAAAUUAAUAGGCCACAUUCUCAGAAAAUUGCAUACCAGAGAGCAAAAACGAUAGCGCUUGUUGCAGAAGAAGAAUAAGCAAAUGUUCAUGUAUUUGUUAACUGUUUUCUCAGUUUCUCCCUUGAGAGGAGACAGUUUCCAGUCCGACAGCAGCGGCUAUGUUGAAGAGGACCUGCAGAACUUGCACAGCUCCACUACCAGAGAUUAGCUGAAGACCAAACCCUGUACUUCAUGCAUCCUUCAUUCACUGUUUUAAGGUUUAAGACUUUCUUAAGCUCAUGAAAUAUAAUGCUUUUGAGAAGUUCACAUCUGUUAUUAAAUCACUUAGCUGUGUGAUAAACAUUGCUGAAGAUUUGGCCAUUUGAUUGUAUUGCAAUUAAGCAGUACAGGUGUUACAUUAACUAUUUGUUAGCGUUUUUAUUCUGUAGGUUUGUGCAACUGCAGCUAUUUUAAAUAUUUAUUUUAUGAUAAAGUAUUUAUUUGCACAUCUGUGCUAAUGAAAUAGCAAAUACCAUGUUCUAUUUUUUGUCUGGUCUGUGUUACUACAAGCAGAAGCAUGAAAUAUGAAUCCACACUGAAUUAAAACAUUUCUAUUAUAAGUUUAAUGA